GGUGGGGAAUAAAAACUGUUAUGGCUGGAAAUGUUUGGGAUGCCUGCCAUCAACAUGAAGGUUUUUCAGUUUCAACCAGCAUGAGUAAGGGCUGGGAAAUAGCUUGGUUUGUAUUGUCUGGACAGUUUGGACCACCAGGAAUGAGAAGUUAUUUAAUAGAGGAUAUAUCUGCUUUGCCUUCAGCUUUAUUCAUUCCUUCUUGAGCAACUUGUAACAUGGAUUGACGACACAUUUUUUUGUGAAAUGCUUCAGCAUCCAGAAGACCAUCGAACGAUACCAUGUAUGCAAAAGAAAUUCCAACUCACAAGCCGGAAAUGAAACAACACAUGCUGGGAGCUGUUGCGUCAAGGAUUGGGCUCAUGUUCUAUUGAGGAACUUCAAGAGAUUGAUAGCCAGCUAGAACAAGGCUUGAAAAAAAUCUGGCAAGAAAGGUUUGCAAUCUUUAGAUUUGUAUUUAGGCUAAAAGUAACUACAGUAAUGAAUUAAUACAUGAUUACAAGACUUUUGCUUUCCAAAGUACAUUAGCAUUUGAGUUACUAUCAAAUGAGCUUUUUGGCAUAUUUAUAGAGAGUAUUUGCACCAUUAUUGGAUCCUUUAUACACAUACAACUGUCACAUUUCCUUAGACUCGCCUUCUCCUUAGGUUACACUCAUAGACAGUGGUCCAAAAUCUCCUCCGUGAUAUGGGACUGGAGUCUCUAUCUACAUGCAAGGGACUUGGGCUUGUUGUUCCUCAUAUCAUCAACUAGAUUCUUCAUUGUGCCAUGCAUUUACCUACAUACAAUUCUUAGGCAUUUCUUGUAAAUUGUUUUUAUUUGUAUGAGAGUACAUAGACUAAACAUGUUAUGUUCGAUAUUAUAGGCCCAGUUGUAUGAGUAGACACUAGCGGAACUGCAUGAGGAGGGGGUUAGGUAUAAGCUUUACCCCAAGUUAAAAAAAAAUUAGAAAUAAAGAGGCAUAGAUUAAGGUUGUAGGAGAAAACAUGUCAAAUGUCUUUACCUAAAUCUCAUUGUACAGACAAGAAAAAAGUUUAGAGGUAGGAUUGAAAAGAAAAAGGCCCUACUUUCCAUCUCUCUUUGGUUCCACCAUUGCAAGUAGAUACAACAAUUAAAACCAAAGGUAAGAAUAAGCCCCUCCAUUGAAUUAAACAAAUAUUGCUUUCUCAAUCUUCUAGCUCUAAGCUUCUAAAAAAUGUACCUUGUUUUUCUCUCAUAUUACAUUUUUAGUUUUAAUUCAGGAGAGAAUUUUGUUAGAAAAAAAUGCAAAGUUAUGCAAAAAAGUGAGCCUUUCAUUUUCGAAUCUGGGUAGGAGUUUUUUUUUUUUCUCACCUAAAAAGGCCCUAUUGUUUUGUAGUCCAAAAUGACACUAGAUUGCAAAAACUAAGCCAUUAGAAGAUGGGGUUACCUUACAAUGAAGACCCCUUUGUCUAAUCUCUCUUAUUUAUCAAUAUGGUGCAAUUAAGAUUGGGAAACACUUAGAAAUGAAAAAAAAUUAAACUAACUCUCUUUUGAUAUGGAUUUUAGUGUAGUUGUCGAGCUAUGGCACAACAAAGGAAAGCAGUAAAGAUUGCACCCAAAAUAAACCUUGCUUAGAGGUUGUGACAGAAUUGUGAUGGAAUUGUUCAUCCGAUUGUUGUAAAACCAUUAACAUCAAUCGUCUGAAUUUACUUUAUAGUUGAAAUUAUUGUGUUAUCUCAAAUAAUGUUGUAUGAUCGGUGUAUGUGGUUGCUUAGUCCACUAUUUUCUCAUAAAUUUUUUCUUUUUUAAUUGUAUAUAACCUAAAUGUAACUAUAAUAUAUAGUGUAAGAAUAC